AUGAAAUGUCAAAACCCGUCUAGAAAAUCCCACAUGUGUUUUAUCAUUCUGUGAUUCCACCAACAAAUAGCACCACAACCUUCGAGAUUGUGUAAGAAGACGACGUUUUCGAUUUUUCUUUGUCUUCCAUUUCGUACUAAUGCAGGUAGCAUAACAAAUAGAGAGAUCCCCAUCCCUUCUCUUUUUUUUUCCUAGAAGGGGUCUCGUCUCCUUGAUUUUCUGCUGUAAAAUACAAUGGAAAAGAAGAGAGAGGAAAGAGACGGGGCUAUGACUAUAAACUGGGAUGGGGUUAUCGAGGGCAUGCCUUUGUUUGCAAAAGAGUUGAUUGCUGGGGGUGUGGCUGGCGGCAUUGCCAAGACUGCUGUUGCCCCUCUUGAACGUAUAAAGAUCUUGUUUCAGACCAGACGAGCUGAAUUUCAGAGCAUAGGGCUCCUCGGAUCAUUCUCAAAAAUAGCAAAAACAGAAGGAUUGCUGGGCUUUUACAGGGGUAAUGGAGCUAGUGUUGCUCGCAUUGUGCCCUAUGCGGCACUGCACUACAUGACCUAUGAGGAAUACAGGCGGUGGAUCAUUCUUGGUAUACCUGGCAUCACUAGAGGUCCUGUUCUGGAUCUCAUUGCGGGAUCCUUUGCUGGGGCAACUGCUGUGCUUUGCACUUACCCGCUUGAUUUAGUCAGGACAAAAUUAGCUUAUCAGGUUGUUGGAUCACCAAAGUUGAAUGUGAAAGGGCUUCUUCCCAAUGAACAAGUUUAUAAAGGGAUUCUGGAUUGCUUCUCCAAGACUUACAAGGAAGCUGGAGUUAGAGGCCUUUAUCGAGGUGUUGCUCCAUCCCUUUAUGGGAUUUUCCCUUAUGCUGGUCUGAAAUUCUACUUCUAUGAGGAAAUGAAAAGUCAUGUCCCUGAAGACCACAAAAAAGAUAUUAUGGUAAAACUUGCUUGCGGAUCUGUAGCAGGUUUACUGGGUCAGACUUUUACUUAUCCUCUUGACGUUGUUAGGAGGCAGAUGCAGGUCCAGCGACUUUCAGCAUCUAACAGAACUGAUAUGAAAAGUACCAUAGACACAAUUGUUAUGAUUGUUCAAAGGCAUGGUUGGAAACAACUAUUUUCGGGGCUUAGCCUAAACUACCUAAAGGUUGUACCAUCUGUUGCAAUUGGAUUUACUGUAUAUGAUGUCAUGAAAUCAUUUCUGCGGGUACCAUCACGAGAUGAAGCUGUUGUAGAAGUCACAACCAACCGAAGAAAUAGCCAGCCGUCGUCUCUGCCCUCUUAAUUUGUACUGUAUCUAGACUCCACUAUAGGCAUUUCUAAUUCAUCCAAUUCUUCUUAAAUGAGCUCUACAACAUCGCCUUCUAUAAUUGUUGAUGGCUGGCCUGGUUAUCUCUCGGUAACUUGGAUUACUUCCCACCAUUCUUUCAAGGUACUGUGCAUAGAUGCCUAGAUGAAACUACUGCUGGUUCCUCGUUGUAUUAGAUGAGAGGAGCUUAGCGGUUUGUACAGAAUAAAAGUGCAGAAUCAUUGGACUACUUAUUAUCCUAUAAAUUGUCUAGUUUCAUUCGCCUCUACAGCACUACUUUUGAGUGCACAACUUCAGUUGUAGAUGAAAAAGAUAUAUGACUUUUUUCUACAAAAUUUUAAGGGUGGAA